UCAAUCCCCGCCCCAACAAGCUUUUUUGUGUGUGUGCGUGUGUGUUAUUUUCCUUCGUUCUCUAUUCUCUUCGUCAUUUUUUCUGGCUUUACCACCAGUUCUCUAUCUUUCUUGCUUUUACCUUCAGUUAUAUUUUACUUUUUAUCCGUUGCUUGGUGUAUAGUUUGUCUGUCAUUACGAAUUCAAUGUCAACGAAACGGUACAUGGCCAACAAGUCUGUAUUUCAACCUCUACUUGGAGAAGAGGCCGGUUCUACAUCAAAGAAGAGGCAACGAAGUCGAAUUGCUCUUGCAAUAUCUUUGCUCACGGUAUUUGGUGGAGCAUGCGUGUAUUUAGCGUGUCAACUACCCAGCACGGCUUCGACCAAGGCCAUCCAAGCCGAAAAUUUCUGGUUUGAUGAUGCCACCAGGGUGGUGGCACCCGGCAUUUCGCUUGCAUCGUUUUACCAUGGAUUCUCAAAAUGCCAAUCAAUUCGUGAGAGAGCUUUGGCAGAAACGAACACUACUCGCCUGCGUCACAGAAACCCACGAUCUGCCACCAGCAAGGCGCUGGUGAUCAAAAAUGGUCACCUCUGGUUAGGCGAUCGAUACUUUGAUGGAGACAUACUCAUCGAAAACGGACUUAUUUCUGCCAUUGAUGAAACAGUCGAUAUCCCUGAAGGAAGUCAAGUGAUUGAUGCGGCUGGGCGUGUUGUUACCCCUGGUAUUGUCGACAUGCAUUCCCACAUGGGCGUUGACAGCUUCCCAGGCCUCGAUGCACUCGAUGAUACAAAUGAGAUGACCAGUCCCACUACUCCCUAUGUCCGUGUGGUGGAUGCACUUAACCCGAGCGAUCCAGGAAUCAAGAUUGUUGCCAGUGGUGGAAUUACCACGUCGCUUAUUUUGCCUGGUUCUGGAAACCUCAUGGGGGGCGAAGCCGCCGUAAUCAAAUUACGCCCCGUCCCCACGCUCUCGGUGCAAGAUAUGCUAAUUACUGCUAAUGUCACGAGUGAAGAUCUGGAGGUCACAUGGCGUUAUAUGAAAAUGGCAUGUGGCGAAAAUCCCAAAGGCUAUUACGGUGGCGAAUUGAAAAAAAUGCCCAUGACGCGGUUGGGUGAGAAUUAUCUAUUCCGACGCCGAUUUGAAGAAGCCCAAGCUUUGAUGUUGAAACAAGAUGACUGGUGUGAUGCCGCGGAAAGAAUCAAUCGAACUUUUCCGACCGAUAGGCCUAUUAACGAAGACAGUAUCACGCGUCUAUCCGAACGAUACCCAGAAAACCUCGAAUUGGAGAGUUUGGUGGCUCUCUUGCGUCACCAGGUGAUCCUCAAUGUUCAUUGCUAUCUUCCGCAAGAUCUGGAGGCCAUGGUACAUCAUUCAUUGGAAUUUGAUUUUGAAAUUGGAUCCUUCCAUCACGCGCUAAGUGCUUGGCAAGUGCCCGAAAUCAUCAAACGCGCUAAAUCAAAUAUCACUAUCGCCACUUUCGGAGAUAUGUGGGGCUACAAGGUGGAAGCUUGGAAUCAAAACGUGCAUGCUCCCAAGAUCUUGUCGGCGGCAGGCAUCCCUGUCGCUUUCAAGAGCGAUCAUCCAGUGAUGAAUGCCCGAGAUCUUUUGCACGAAGCACAAAAAGCCUAUCAUUACGGAUUUAACGAACAUGAUUCAUUGAGAGCCCUCACGAGUGUACCGGCCAAUGCAUUGGGCGUGGGUCAUCGAAUUGGCAGUUUGCAAGUCGGAAAGGAUGCUGAUAUUGUGGUCUGGGAACAACAUCCUCUGCGAUUGGGAGCAAGACCCAAACAUGUCGUUAUCGAUGGGACCGAGUUGGACUUUAAAGAAUCUUGGACGAAGGCGGUUGAAGAAGUUGUCACAGAUAGCACCGAAGCGACCAUUGAAAGAAAGCACGAGGAAUAUCGCAAGGAUCGACACUAUUUGCCUCCGGUCUCAACCAGUUCCAUGAAGCUCGAAGAUCAUGGUCUCGAUAACCCAAUGUCGUUUGAUGAAGCUUGCGACAACAACGUGGAUUCAUUUGUUCUUCGUAAUAUUAGCCGAUUAUUCAUGAGCCCCGAGGAAAUCUAUGAUGCCAGCGAAUUGGGUCAUGAUAUUUCCAUGGUGGUGAAGGAAGGAAAAUUAUUAUGUGCCGGUACCAACUGUGGGCGCCGUAACAUCGAUUGGCCUCAUUUUAGCCCUGUUUUUGAAAUGGGAGGUGCUGUCGUGAUCCCGGGUAUGAUUUCCACGGGUAAUCCGUUGGGCUUGCAAGAAAUUCAGGCCGAAUCCCGAACAACAGACGGAUAUGCCCAAAAUGAUGUGUACGACGCUGCUCUUCCGCAAAAGAUCGUUCGAGCUGUUGAUGGUCUUAAAUUCAAUGGUUUACAUCUCCAAAAAGCAUUCAAAGCAGGUGUUACUGCCUCUGUCUCUCAGCCACUGAUUAUGGGCGAUCUGUUGGCGGGUGUUUCUGUCGCUUUCCGUACUGGUACUCAAAACACAGUUCUGGAUAGCAAUGACACCAUCAUUGAGGACGAGACGGCGUUGCAUUUCUCUGUCAAAAAUACCGGCAAAUUGACCGUGUCGCAGCAGAUUGCUGCUAUUCGAGAUCUACUUUUAUCCAAUGCCGACAAGGACGGUUCGGUCAAUGUGUUUGCUCGUGCUGCUCAAGGCCAGUUGCCGGUCGUGGUUCAGACAGAUAACAAGGACGAGAUUGCUUCCAUUUUGCAUAUGAAGCAACAGUUGAAAGAGCAAUCCAAGGGAAAGCUGGAUGUCCAGUUUGUUAUUCUCGGUGGAGCCGAAGCUUAUCUCGUGGCCAAUCAUCUAAGCCGGUUGGAUGUGCCGGUGAUUCUCAUGCCCGCUCGUUGUUACCCAGCCACAUGGCAAUCCCGUGAAUGCCUAGCUGGACCCCCGUUGACACAAAAGACAGGAUUGGAUAUCCUUCUCAGCUACGGUGUCCGUGUCGCGCUGGCCAGCACAGAUGCAGACAAUGGCGAUGCGCGCAAUAUGAUUUGGGAAGCCGGUUGGAAUCUGGCCCACAAUCAUGAUCUGAGUCUGUCGGAUGCCGUGGGUCUGGUGACAUGGAAUCCGGCCAAGAUUUUCAACCUGCAAAAAGAUGCAAACUCUGCCGCGGCCGGCAUCAUCCAGCGCCAUCGUAAGGUCGAUUUUGUCGCUUACAAUGACAAUCCGUUUAUCCUUGGAUCCAAAGUCCUGAUGGUGUAUGGCGGAGGACGUUCUGGUCCCGUCUGUUUUCCCAAACAGGUUUAGCUUUUUUAUUUGACUGAAAUACACAGAUUUGAUC